CGGCAACCUUAACGACUUUUGUUCAAUUUCGUUGAAAUGCUGCUGAUCACCACCCAUCGAAACCAACCCAAAAACUCCAAGAGAUGGCCUCAAUCUGCUUACCGUCAACACCGGGGAACUGCUCCGGCGACGACGGAAAUGAAGCAGAGGAAGUCUCAGCCAUUACGGUAAACGAUUCGUUUCAAAGGAACGGCUCAUAUACAGAUACUACUGGUAGUGGUAGAGGCUCAUGGAAACACGCUGCGUUCCACGUGGCUACCACCAUCGCCACUCCUGCUGCCUAUGCUCCGCUUCCCUUCGCUGUCUCUUCUCUUGGAUGGCCUCUAGGAGUGCUUAGUUUGGUGGGUGCAACCUUAACCACAUGGUAUUCUAGUCUUCUGAUUGCAUCUCUAUGGGAAUGGGAUGGGAAGAAGCACACCACUUAUAGACGUCUUGCUCGUAGCAUUUAUGGAAAUUGGGGUUACUGGUCUAUUGCAUUUUUCCAGCAGGUGGCUUCUUUGGGCAACAAUAUCGCCAUUCAAAUUGCUGCUGGAAGUAGCCUUAAGGCAGUGUACAAAUACUACCAUGAAGAGGGUAGUUUAACACUUCAACAUUUUAUCAUCUUCUUUGGGGUCUUUGAACUUGUUCUUUCUCAGCUUCCAAAUAUCCAUUCACUUAGAUGGUUAAAUGCUGUUUGUAGUUUUAGUACAAUCGGAUUUGCUGCAACAACUAUUGGUGUCACAAUCUACAAUGGGAAGAAGAUCGAUAGAAGGACUGUAAGUUAUAGUCUCCCUGGAAGCUCUUCAGCAAAGAUGUUCAAAGCCUUUAAUGGUCUUGGGAUUAUUGCAUUUUCGUUUGGUGAUGCCAUGCUUCCAGAAAUUCAGAGUAGUGUUAGAGAGCCCAUGAAGAAAACAAUGUAUAAAGGGAUAGCAGCUGCAUAUACAAUCAUUGUGUUGAGUUACUGGCAAUUGGCGUUUUUUGGAUACUGGGCGUUUGGUUCAGAAGUUGAGCCGUUUAUUGUUGCCUCUCUUAAAACACCUGAAUGGACCACUGUUAUGGCAAAUCUUUUUGCUGUCAUCCAAAUAUGUGGAUGUUUUCAGAUAUAUUGCAGGCCAACAUACGCCUUUUUUGAAGAAAAAAUGAAAAAGGCAUCAAGCGAACAAAGUGGUGGUACUCGAGUUCCAUUGAAAAAGCAUGUUAUUAUGCGUCUCGUAUGCACCUCAUUUUACAUGGCUGUGAUAACACUGGUGGCUGCAGCCAUGCCAUUUUUUGGGGACUUUGUGUCCAUAUGUGGAGCCAUUGGGUUCACCCCACUUGACUUUGUGUUUCCCGUAUUAGCACAUUUAAAAGCUGGAAAAUUGCCAAAAAAUUCAACCCCGAUUUUUUUCUUCAACAUUCUUAUAGCCACAUGGUUCUCUGCGGUUGCAGUUAUGGGUUGCAUUGGAGCUGUUAAAUUCAUCAUAGAUGACAUCAACACCUACAGCUUCUUCCACGAUAUUUAAUAUAAAGAUAAUCCAGGGACCGUUUUUGGAACUUUGUAAAUCUUAUUUCUGUAAAUCUAAGUUUUUCCCAUGGACUGUUUCUGUAACUUUGGACCAAAGGUAUUUUUGUAAUUUUUUUGAAAAAUGAAGGCCUCUUUUUUA